GGACGAGGGUACUUCCCGUUUGAGCACCAAAAACUAAUAAACCCAAGCCUGCCUGCCCGCGGCGAAAAACGCUUUGCUGCUCUGCCAAUGAGUUUUUUUGACAUGAUAUAAAGCAAGCAAGCAAGCACAAAAGAGACGAAACAAGUAGCAGUGUUUUGUUGCAAUGGAAACACGAGGUCCUCCAACUCCAUCUUCCAAGUUUGCAGCGUACCAAAACCCAGCAUUCUCUGCUGCCCUGACCGCCAAAAGCCUCCGGCCCUCUAAAUCCGCUCUCCUCUUCAUCGUUUCUCUAUCCUCCGCUUCCGCCUUUUCUCUACUCUCAACAAUCUCCAGGGAAAAUGGGUUGAUCGAAAAGAUGAGCUUCAGAAUUUUUUCGCAGGAAGUGGCUUAUUUGUUUGCAAAGGCAGCACAGGCAGUGGUGGGUUUAUUAUUUAUUGGAUCUGUAUUCUCCAUCUUCAAGGCCAUCUCUUUGUACAGAGUAAAAAUUGCUGGUGUGCGUAUAACCUCUCCCUCUAAAGAUGCUAGAGAUCAACCACAGCUAACAAACCGUCAAUUGGGGCUUAUAGGAGUAAAGCCAAAAGUUGAGCCUGUUGUAUCUGAAUCUUCAAAGAAACCUCCCAAGUCAAACCCCACAUCAUCCGCUUCUAAUGUCCUUGUUCCAAUUCAUCAGCUAAUUACCUGUUCGCAUCAGAAGUCUCGAGUUGGCUCUGAUAAAUCAAAUGCUGGAAGUGGAAAUAAGAUGGCCUCUUUUAGCACCCCAUCCAAAUCACGGAAUUCUCCAUCUUUUUAUCUUGUCCCUGGGGCCAAUUCACCUCUGCCUUCUGUUCAGAGUUCUCCAGCGAUCGAUUCAGCAGUCUCAACCCCUUGGUCAGAUAAGCGAGCCUCUUAUACUAAAGAGAUAAGAACAGAAGAACAACUUGAACAAUUCUUGGCAGAAGUAGAUGAGAAAAUCAGUGAAUCAGCUGGUAAAUAUGCCACUCCACCUCCCACCAUAGGGGGCUUUGGCAUGGCUAGUCCUAAUACUGUAGCAAGUCCAGCUAAUACCCCUGGAGUUACAAGGAGCACACCCUUAAGGCCUGUGAGGAUGUCUCCUGGUUCCCAGAAAUUUACCACUCCCCCUAAGAUAGGUGAGGGUGACCUUCCUCCACCAAUGUCCAUGGAAGAGUCCAUUGAAGCUUUCAAAAAUUUGGGCAUUUAUCCUCAAAUUGAGCGCUGGCAUGAUCGCCUCAGGCAAUGGUUUUCAUCAGUUUUGCUUAAUCCUCUACUUGACAAGAUUGAAAGCAGUCAUAUUCAGGUAAUGCAAGCAGCUGCUAAACUUGGUAUUUCAAUAACAAUUAGUCAAGUAGGAAGUGAUACACCUAGUGAAAAUACUGCUACUGUGUCUUCAACUGAUAGGAAGGAAUGGCAACCGACAUUCUCUCUAGAUGAAGAUGGACUUCUCAGUCAGUUACGGGCUACUCUUUUGCAGGCUCUUGAUGCUUCCACCUUGAAGUUACCUCUAUCCAGUCUCCAGCAAUCUCCGCAGCAAAAUCCUAUGAUAUCAAUUAUGCAGGAGUGUGUGGAUGCCAUCACUAAACACCAGAGGCUUCUUGCGUUAAUGAGAGGAGAGUGGGCCAGAGGUUUGCUGCCACAUAGCAAUGUUCGGGAAGAUUAUAUGGUUCAGAGGAUCCGAGAGCUUGCUGAAGGAACCUGCUUGAAGAAUUAUGAGUAUCCAGGAAGCGGGGAAGUUUAUGACAAAAAGAAUAAAAAGCGUACUCUUGGGCUUCUGGAUGAUCCUCAUUUGCUUCUAUAUCUUUUUUGUGCUUUCCUUGAACAUCCAAAGUGGAUGUUGCAUGUAGAUCCCGCAUCUAAUGCUGGAGCUCAGUCUAGCAAGAAUCCAUUAUUCCUGGGGGUUCUGCCUCCUAGAGAAAGGUUCCCUGAGAAGUACAUAUCUGUCAUAUCCAGUGCUCCUUCCAUGCUUCACCCAGGAGCUUUAGUACUAGCUGUUGGAAAGCAAAGCCCUACAGUAUUUGCUUUAUACUGGGAUCAGAAGCUGCAGUUCUCUCUCCAGGGAAGAACAGCUUUGUGGGAUUCCAUCUCGCUCCUGUGCCACAGGAUCACGGUUGGAUAUGGCGCUGUAGUUCGGGGCAUGCAUCUUGGUUCUUCAGCCCUGAGACUCUGCCCAGUUCUCGAGUCAGAAAUCGAAGACUGACUAUUGUCAGGCAUGCCUUAAUGCUGCUUGAUAUAACAGCCUGCUUACCGUAGAGAUGCAGACCUUACUGGACUUCUUGAAAUCAUUUAAUUUAAAAGGGCUGUCUAAAGUUGUUUCAUGUCUCAUCUGUGCCCUUAUUUUUGGAACUUGGAGGUGCACUUUCUUACACCCCACUGAUGAUCAACUUAGAUCAACUUAGAGGACUGAUGAUGGUUGUUUGAAAGUUGAGAGAUUGCAUGGUAUUAGCUAGAGAUCUCGCGGGAAUUUUUGUCAGAGUUCUAAUUUCAUUUCCUUUCGAGUCCUUUUAUAUACAAGUCCAUUUCUUGUCUUA